GUAAUCAGUCACAUAAUAAAUGCACGGUGAUGGCCUGGUUCUGUUCUCUUGCAGUAGGCUGGGUUCCAGAGGAGACGGAGACGCUUGGUGAGCCAAGACGCAGCGCAGCCUGGAGAGCGACGAACAGCAGAGUGACCGACUGGAGAGCGACCUGUUAGUGUGCUUGUGAUAGAAAGCUGACCUGUGUGCGAAUAAAGCGAUGUGUGCAACCCUAUACUCUCUCUCUGUCAUCCCUGAAUCUGACUGUGGACAAGAGGCUCCACAACAACAUUCAUUUAUAUUUUAUAUGUGACUAAUUAAUAACAUCUGUAAUUGUAUACUGCAUUUGUUUGUCAUCAGGACAGAAGACUGAUGUGGAUGAGGCCUUGGUCAAUAUGGUGAUUGAGGAUUCCCAGCCCUUCACUAUUGUGGAGGACAAAGGGUUCAGAACGCUUGUUAAAGCUUUCAGCCCUAACUAUGUUCUCCCCACAAGGCAGGCUUUGAAAGCUAUGGUGGAGGGCAGAUACAAGGAAUCCAAGGAGAAAGCCAAAGCUAUGGUGUCAAAGGCAUCUGCAGUUAGUUUGACAUCAGAUAUGUGGACCUCUAUCAACACUGAUGCGUAUCUAGCUGUGACAUGCCAUUUUAUAGAUGCAAGCACCUCUUUGCAUUCUGUUGUUUUAGGGGUGCUGCAUUUCCCAGAGGCACAUACUGCUGUAAAUUUGGCACAAGAAAAAGCAGCACUUAUGUCACAGUAGGAUAUUACUCACAUGGUUACUUGCCUUGUGACUGAUGGUGCAGCCAAUAUGGGUGCUUGUGCAAGGGAGCUUCGUUUGCGUCACACAAUUUGUGUGGCGCAUACUUUGAAUCUAUUGAUAAAAAAGGCUCUGGACCAAAACCCUGUGUUGUCUGACAUCCGGGCAAGCUCCAGGAAGAUAGUGGGCUACUUCAAGAGCAUCACCACUGCAAAGGAGAGGCUGACAAAGGUGCAGGAGCAAAUGGGCCGGCCGGCACUGAAGCUCAUUCAAGAGGUGGAUACACGCUGGAACAGCACAUACCAUAUGCUCCAGCGUUUUUAUGACCUCAGGGAACCUGUAGGAGCAGCUUUGGCAGGCCUACGCACUGAGGUUGCCCCACUCUCAUCAAGGCAAUAUGAAAUCAUUGCAGAAUGUCUGAAAGUGCUGUCUCCAUUUAAUGAUGCCACAGUUGAGCUGUCAGAGGAGAAGAGAGUGUCUGGAUCCAAAGUCAUUCCACUGUUAUUGAUGCUACACCACGCAUUGGAGGAGGAGGAAAUGGGACUAGUCCAAACUCCAGAGAGCACAGCAAUGGCUGAGAGUCUGAGGGGACAGUUAAGGGAGAAGCUUAACAACCUACAAUCAAUGAGGAUCAUAUCCCUGGCAACAGUGCUCGAUCCCAGAUUUAAAAAGACAGGCUUCUUUAGCCCCAAUAAAGCUGCAGAGGCCGAGAAGAGGCUCACAUCUGAAUGUACUGCUGUUAUGAGAAACAGCGCGUCUUCUUCCUCCUCCUCCUCCUCCACCUCACAACCGCACAUAUCAGAAGCUUCUCAGCCUGUGACUCAAGGUAGCAAACUGGCAUCGUUUGGACACCACAGUCCUGCAGACCAGGCCCCAACAUGUCGCUGCAAACGCAACAGUGGAGGUCCAAAGAUACCUGGCUGAACCAAAUAUGGGCAGAUUGGAGAACCCCCUGCAGUAUUGGGAAGAACAAACUUGUUGUUGCGUUUCUCUGUACCCCAGCUUCACCUGUGCCCUGUGAAAGGGUUUUUUCUAAAGCAGGAGAAAUCAUCUCAAAGAAGAGAAACCGCCUGAAGCCCAGCACUAUGGAAAUGUUGUUAUUUUUAAAUUAAAAUGAAUAUAAAUGUUGUCCCUAGUAACAUAAAGUCACAAACCAAGCACAUUCAUAUCACAACCCUCUCCCCAAUUACAUUAC